GGCGGGGCUGGACUGCGGAAGGGGGCGGGUUCGGAGGAGUGAACUGUGCGGGUAGUGCGCCUUUCAGCCUCACCUGCAGCUGCGCUCACCUGCAGCUGCGCCCCCCUGCACCUGCGCCUGUGCUUUUCUCCCAGCACUGCGGACGCGACUCGAGGUUGACGCUUGCUCCGCUCGUCAUGGCCUACCCGGGAUACGGAGGAGGGUUUGGAGAUUUUAGCAUUCAGGUGCCAGGAAUGCAGAUGGGACAGCCAGUGCCAGAAACAGGCCCAGCUAUACUCCUCGAUGGAUACUCUGGGUACCCAGCAUAUUCAGACACUUAUUCUUCAGCUGGUGACUCCGUGUAUACUUACUUCAAUGCUAUUGCUGGACAGGGUGGUGAAGUGGAUGCUGAAGAACUUCAGAGAUGUUUGACACAGUCUGGAAUUAGUGGAACUUACUCUCCCUUCAGUUUGGAAACCUGCAGAAUUAUGAUUGCCAUGUUGGAUAGAGAUCACACAGGAAAAAUGGGAUUUAAUGAAUUCAAAGAGCUAUGGGCAGCUCUUAAUGCCUGGAAGGAAAACUUCAUGACUGUUGAUCAAGAUGGAAGUGGCACAGUAGAACAUCAUGAGUUGCGUCAAGCCAUUGAUCUUAUGGGUUAUAGGUUGAAUCCUAAAACAUUAACUACUAUUGUUAAACGUUAUAGCAAGAAUGGCAGAAUUUUCUUUGAUGAUUAUGUUGCUUGCUGUGUGAAGCUUCGAGCAUUGACAGAUUUCUUUAGGAGAAGAGACCACUUGCAACAAGGGUCUGCGAAUUUCGUAUAUGAUGAUUUUUUGCAGGGCACUAUGGCAAUUUGAAUAUUUAGAAUUCUAAACCUGAAGAGACGCCGUGAAUUCUUUUGCUUGGAAGAAGUGAACUGGACUACUUUAAAACUUUUAAGGGUUUUCUAUGUUCUUCCUACCCGUUAAACCUCUUCCCUUUCUAUAUGUUUUUAUUUUAGCAGAUAGUUCAAAGCAAUAAAAGGUUUUUUUUUAAUUUGAUGUAUUACUGCUUUUGGAAAAGUUAUUUUACAAAUAUGUGCAUAUUGUCAUAAAAUAUUGUAUGAUUAAUUGAUUUAAAUAAUGCUUAGCCUUAAUUUUUAAUAAUGUAAAUUUAGAGGAAUGUACUUUACAAGAUAGAUUGUAUAAGAAGCCAAAUGAUGAAAGCCUAGAAAAAACUAAUUUAUACUUAUCUGAAGGUUACAAAUUAGACUUUUAAAUUUUGUUUGUAGUUGGUGGUGUUUGAGGGUCGGCUAGAAAUGAAAGCCUGGAUUUUGUGCCAUGUUUGUAAUAUAGUUUGUUCCUUGAUCAAAUAAUCAGAGAAAAAAAGUUAAAGAUCUUUGUCCAUGAAGAAGAAAAUUAUCUCCCCAGUCAUCCAUCUCUGUAGUGAAAUAAGACUACAGAAGGCAUUAUUUUUUCCUUUUUUAUUUUUUGUAGUAUAUAUUUUUCUUAAAUAUGUUUUAUUGUCUUCUCUAAGCAAAAAGUACUUAAUAAACAUAGUAUUUCUCUCUGCACCGUUUCAUUAGUGAAGACAUAGUUCACCUAAAAUGGCAUCCUGCUCUAAAUCUAGACUUUUUGGAAAUGGCGUAUAUUUUUGAUGAUAUGUCAACAUUCAAAAUUGUCCUAAUUAAAUUGUUGUUUAAAUGUAAUGUCAACUCUUUAUCAAGUUAAAAAUAAACAAGUAAUUAACCACUCUAAUUGUUCAGAAAUUAUACAUUUGACUUAUUUGACAACCUUAACAUUAGUGGUGGCUUUGCCAUUAAAAACCCAGUAAGUAUUUUGAGUGCAUCUAUAUGUAAUGUGGUGUUUUGAGCAUAGUAGGCACCACAGCAACUUUUCUGUGUGGUACUAAAACUGCCAAAAAUGCGAAGUAGGAUCACCAGAUCUUCAGUGUUUAAUAUCCCUGGUAUAAGAUGUUAUAAUUAAUGUAAUUUCUUUCUUGGCGAACACCUCAUGUCUGUCUGAGUGAAGAUUUAAUAAACUACAUAUUUUUCUUA